GUCCGUCUGGUCCGCAGACGGCAAAAUUGUGAAGAUCUUCGACUGGUUAUUAUCCUAGAUAUCAUAGAUCUGGAAUUUGUUAGCAUCAGGAACUCACUAUGACUCGCUCUCCUGUUGCCCUCCUAGACGGAGUUAUAUCUCACCUCGCCCACCUGGCAGAUAAUCGUGCGAUCGAUUAUCGAUUUAUCGUUGUUCUCUCCACUUGGCUGCAGACGGCAUUUGAGGUGUAUAUCCUGCGUCGUCAGCUUCCAUGUUAUGACCGACCAGCUCCUCCUCCGGCCCUCAAGGCUCACCUUGAAGGCGAUACAUUCCGGAAAGCUCAAACUUAUAGUCGAGAUAAAACAAGGUUUCAACUCCUCCAACUUGUGUUUAACCAGAUUCUCGGCUGGAUUAUGAUCAAGUCAGGAGCAUAUUCCAAAUUGUGGGACGUCGCAGGCAGGUUCACUAAUCUAUUGGGUCUGGGUCCCAACUGGAUUAUCGUGCGGUCUCUCGUAUGGAUCACAAUCCUCACCCUCUCUACCGCCAUUCCCGGCCUUCCCUGGUCAUACUACCAGACUUUUGUGCUCGAAGAAAAGCAUGGUUUCAACAAGUCAACUAGAACUCUUUGGGUGAUGGACACCUUGAAAAGCUAUCUUCUGUUUGCCCUCUUAGGUCUCCCUGUCUUGGCUGGGUUCCUCAAGAUCAUUGAACUUUCUGGAAAGAGCUUUGUGCCCUGGUUGAUGCUGUUCCUGGUCUGUGUGCAAUUGACCCUCCAAAUUAUCUACCCCACAUUUAUCCAACCAUUGUUCAAUAAGCUAGCUCCCCUUCCCGCGGGUGAGCUCCGUACCAAGGUUGAAGCCCUCGCGAGCCAGCUGGGAUUUCCUCUGAAACAUUUAUACGUUAUUGACGGCAGCAAGAGGAGCUCGCAUUCUAACGCUUACUUCUACGGUCUUCCUUGGUCCAAACACAUCGUUAUUUAUGAUACAUUGAUCAAGGACAGCACUACAGAUGAGGUUGUCGCUGUUCUCGGCCACGAGCUUGGUCAUUGGUACUACUCUCAUCCCACCAAACUCCUUUUCGGUACUCAAAUUCACCUCUUCCUCACUCUUCUCGUCUUCUCUGUGUUCAUCAACAAUCAGUCUCUGUAUGCUGCCUUUGGUUUCAACCCUGAGUUGGCCAUUGCUGCCCCCCAGCCAUUCUGCAUUGGUUUUAUCCUUUUCCAACUCGUUCUGGAACCUACCGACGCAUUUGUCAAGUUUCUGAUGCAUGCUCAGACCAGGAAGUACGAGUACCAGGCUGAUGAGUUCGCGGUCAACCUUGGCAAAAAGCCAGACCUUGCCUCAGCGCUGAUCAAGCUGCAUGUCACCAAUUUGUCUUCCCCUCAUAGUGACUGGUUGUACUCCAUGUACCAUCACUCCCACCCGACACUUCCUGAGAGACUCUCUGCGAUGGAAAGAUUUGAGAGUAAUAAGGGAGAAGUGGAAGGGAAAAAGGACCUCUAAAGAGGGACUCAGAUGGGUAUGCCGAUGUCCAUAGAAAUUACGUCUGAAGCUCAAUAAAUUACGCGGUAUGCAUGGUGGGAGCGAGGUGGACUGUCGAUGCACAGUCUCAUCUGAUGCUAUCUUCAGUGACAUACCAGACCUGUCCAAUGAUUUUGACGUUAUGUAGCGAUUAUUAUUUCAUUGAUUUACUACUACUCG